AUGGAAGAAGUCAUUGGAAACUACGAGUUUGCGACUACAAACCGCACGUUGAUGAAGCUUGAUGGAUCUGUUCACCCAACCUUAAAUAAGAGUAGCAUUAUUGCAGUUCUGGAGGAUCUCCCAGCACAAGCUUCAACGAACAGCCAAACGUUAACUGAAUCUCCUUCACGAGAGAGCAACCAGAACACAACCAGUACAUGUCUCGUUGUCGACGGUAUGGCAGUUGUUCAGGAGAUAAUGGCAGUAAAGCCUUUAAAGAAUUGCAAGGAAUUAGCAGAUGCAUAUGUAACACACAUAGAUGCCAAAGGUCACAACUACGAUAUUACUCGGGUUAUAUUUGACAACUACGUCGUCGAGGUUUCACUUAAAGAAGCGACACAAGAUCGAUGCAGGGGAAGUAAGGCACCUGUAAAAGGAUAUGUUGUGGAAGAUGCUACUAAAAUAAAAAAUGUUAAAUCAUUUCUUGGAAGCACUACUACGAAAGCAAAUCUUACACUCUUUUUAGCGAGGAAGUUAAUAGAUCACGCCAAAGUACACGUCAUUACAGCAACACAUCAGGGGGUUAUGUCAAACAGAGCUGGCAAUAUCACUCCUGGUGUUAGCACUCAAGAAGCAGAUAUGUUGAUGAUCUUACAUGCAGUCGAAGCAGCAAAAGCGGGGUCCAUUGUUCAUAUAUACAGUCAAGAAACAGAUGUAUUGCUUCUUGCUUUUAGACAUGUUCCUCUUCUUGGUGAACAAGCAGCACUGUAGAUGGGCACAGGUGAUCGAUGCCAUCUAGUGUUAUUGAAGCCAAUUUAUGAUUCACUUGGAGAACAGAAAGCGAAGGCGCUAUGCAAAUGGAAUGCCUUAACUGGCUGUGAUACGACAGGCUACAUUUGGGGAAAAUCAAAGAAAGCAUGUUUAGAAGCAUUUUUGAACGAAAAAUCCAGCAUUGUUUUGGCCAUUUCCUCUCUUGGAAUUGAAAGUGGAGUUAGUGGGCCAUCUGAAGACAUAAUCGAAGGCUGCAUAUCAUUUCUAUGUGGUCUUUUUCGUAAAAAAGGUAUUGAAGCCACAAACCCACACAGUCUUCGAUGGACCUUGUUCAAACAACAGAGAAUUGACAAAGGUAUUGAGCUACUACCACCAACCAAUGGAUCGUGGAAAAAGCACAUUUUGAGAGCUCAUUGUCAGUGUGUGGUAUGGGAACAAGAUCUUAUUGUCUGUCCAAUGACAACAGACCCACUUAUGUUCGGCUGGAUAAAAGAAGUUGACCAUCUUGUUCCCCAGUUAUCCAAGAUUCCUCCAGCCCCAACAGCAGUUGUCGAAUUGGUGAGAUGUACCUGUGGUGCCAGUAAUCCGAUUGCAGUAAAUAAGUGCACUUCCGGGAGAUGUUCGUGCAAAUUAAACAGUCUUGUUUGCACAGAGCUGUGCAGAUGUGAAGCAGCCAUAGAUAUUUGCCAAAACAUAAACAGCGAUAUCUUAAAUCCAACAGAUGAUUAA